ACGACCGGGCACGCGCCUCAACUCAACCAUCUCACACAAAGUCCCAAAGCAAUUUGGAAGCAUCAUCCAUCCUAGCUAGGCUCCUGGUAGCUUACUUAAGCAAGGAAGAAGAAGCAGCAGCAGCAGCAGCAGCUCAAGAAGAGUUGAGGAGAGGAGGAGCUGAUAAGAAAUGGCGUCCAUGAUGGGAGGAGACUUCGUGGAGGCCUACGUGCUCAAGAACGCCUACAAGGAGAAGAUGAAGCGCAUGGACCAAGUGGAAGCUGCGGCAGCGGCGCCCGGCAGCGCAAAGAGCGGCAAGGACAAGGAGGCUGCCGGCGCCGCUGGAGAGAAGAAGGCUGCUGGUGGUGGUGGUGCGAGCAUCAGGGGAGGCUUCUUUGGCCUCAUGAAGAAGAAGGUGCACCCCAAACCCAAAGCGGCGGCGGCGCCCACUUCCUCUUGAUUAUAUUGCUACUGUAUUUGCCAUGCCACGAAAUUGUAAGCCGCAGCUGGUAGAACUGGCCGCAGCUUUCUUCUAGCUAGGAGCGUGCGUGUGUGUAAGUUUGUUCUUUCGAUCAGCUUCUCUUGGAGGAGUGUGUAAAGCAAGUUCUUUUGUUAAUUGGUCAAAACAAGUUGACAGAAAUUAAGUCAAGGAUAAUCCUUCAUUA